AUGGUUGCUUUUUCGAAGACGAAUUUCGAAGAUGCGAAACGCGCAAACGCUACGAAACGCUUAGAGGCAGAAUUUAGCUCACUUGAUUGGAAACGGAAGCAGAUGGAUCUGUAUGAGUUCUACCAGACAAAUGAUUUAUGCAGUCUUGAUAGCGAUUACCUACAGGCGUUCUACACGGUGUUGAAGGAGCAAAUGAUGCCACUGGUGGAGGAACUGACUGGGACGAAACUUACUCACGUUUCGGCAUCCUGCUCUAUGUACAACGCAGGAGACUAUUUACUCGUACACGACGAUUUGCUCUCGGAUCGAAGAAUAGCAUACGUGUUCUACAUUAGUCCAUGGAAUUGUCACAGGCAAUGGUCCGAAACGGAUGGAGGAGCCUUGGAGCUGUUCAAAGCGGAUGCAAACCAACUUCCCGUUUUUCCGGUGACGAACAAGAUUUUCCCACAAAACAACCAGCUGGUACUGUUUCGAGUGUGCGAAAAGUCUUUCCAUCAAGUCGGAGAAGUAACGACUUUUGAAUACCCUCGGUUAACUAUCAACGGUUGGUUCCACGGACCGGCAAUCGAGGAAAGUGCAAAAGCUAAAAGCGCUUCUCAACAACCGUCUGUCAUCAUCGAUAUGCACUAUAUUAGUCCGCGUAAAAUCGACAUUGAUCUGUCGAAGUGGAUAAACAGCGUCUACCUUGUCGACGAGGUAAAACAAAACGUACAGAAAAAGGUAGAAAUGUUCUCCGACGUUUCGUUGGAGCAAUUUUUGCUCGCGCCACGAUUCACCAGCUUGCUGGGAAAUUUGUGCGAUGAUUCUAAGUUAGAGUGGACGAUUAAGGGACCAGCGCAUCUGAGGAAGUAUGAAGUGUUGAGUUUUAAAUCACUUCCAAAAGCUAGUCCGCUAGCCGAAUUGUACGAUUUGUUCACGAGCAGGACAAUGUUCCGUCUGCUGUACGACUAUACCGAGCUGGAUCUGUACGGCAAGAAGGCGAAAGCUCCCAAAUGUGCCAUCGAGCUGCAGCGAUGGGAACGUGGCUGCUAUACGGUGCUUGGAGACUCGUCCACUUACGCCGACUGCACGCUAGAUCUCACGUUCUACCUUAAUGCACAGGAAAACGUUGGAGUUAUAACGUAUUUAGUGCCCGAGGAAGAACAGCAGCAACAAGCGUCUGGCCGGCAAAAUGACGAACAGCCGACGUCGUCUUCUUACGCGGAAUGCUACGAAGAGGAUCCGGUGCUAUUGACUAUACUUCCGAAGGAUAACGUAUUGAACAUGGUGUACCGUGCUGAAGGAACAACAAAGUUUACCAAAUAUGUCUCGCAUAAUACACAUCUCGAAAGGGCAAACAAUAGUGGUCACGCAUAUACCUACAUACUGUCAUGUAGCUACAAAGAGUAA